AGGGACACUAUGGAAAAAGCUGUGUCCGCGUCAAUGAAGCGCGGCACUUUAAGCAGCGAUGAGAAUACACCGUUGAAGAAACUCUCUGGGCCACGGAUGACCAAGGAGUUCUUGAAGGAUCACUGCAAGCAAAACAGGCUCUACUCCACGCCUUGUUUAAACGACACGCUCUACCUACAUUUUAAGGGCUUCUCCACUAUCGAGAACUUGGAGGAGUACACUGGGCUCAAGUGUCUGUGGCUUGAGAGCAACGGGCUGCAGCGCAUUCAGAACCUGGAUGCGCAAGUCAACCUGCGCUGUCUUUUCCUUCAGCAGAACCUGAUCCACAAGCUGGAGAACCUGGCGCCUAUGCAGAAGCUGUGCUCCCUAAACGUCUCCAACAACUACAUCAACACUAUCGAGAACAUCUCCUGCCUCUCCCAGCUCAGCACCCUGCAGAUCGCCCACAACAAGCUGGAGGUGGUCCACGAUAUCCAGCACCUGAGCGACUGUAUGGCCCUCACGGUUUUGGACCUGUCGCACAACCUACUACAUGAGCCGGGGAUUGUGCCCAUCCUGGAGGCCAUGCCAGAACUGCGUGUCCUAAAUUUGAUGGGCAACAAGGUGGUUAGCAAGAUCCCCAACUAUAGGAAGACACUAAUCGUCCGCCUUAGGCAGCUCACUUUCCUGGACGACCGACCCGUUUUCCCUAGGGACAGGGCCUGUGCAGAGGCCUGGGCCCUUGGUGGUCUCGAGUUCGAGCGCAAGGAGAGAGAGCAGUGGGACAACCAGGACAGGAAGAAAAUCCAGGAGAGCUUGGACGCCUUGGCGUUGAUAAAAAAGAAAGCACAGCGGCGGCUGCGCCUUAAAGAGGAGGCGGCGAGAGGUGACUCUGAGUCUUCCAUCACUUCCAAAACCUCUUGUGAGGAAUCACAUGCUGAUAACAUUCAAAGCUUUGUGCAAGACACACUGGAUGCCCACGAUGAGUUCCUCCUAAGUCAAACAACGCAACGGUCAGAUAAAAAACAGGAAGACGAUGAGAACUCAGAAUCUGAGCAGCUUGAUGAAGGGUUGGAGGCCAAGAUUGAAGAUAAGAUGUCUGACCAUGAUGAACAGGCCCAAGAAUCGGAUAAAGAGAAGGAUCUGCUUCUUGGUGAUGAAGCAGGAAGAGAACCUGCAACAGUUGUAAACCAUGACGACCAAGAGAACCAGCUUUCUUCGGUGAUGCUACAUUCUUCUGAGGAACCACAUGGUCCCAGUCCACUCGGGACUGGACUGGUGGAUGGAAGGCUUGUCCACAUUGAUGACCUCCCUGUUCUUGAGGAUGUGGAACACCCUGCUGAGAACAUCCGUAGCCUUGUACAGGACACACUGGAGGCCCAUGAGAAGUUUCUCGAAGGUCAAACGAUUCCCCAAGCUGAUGAAAAUCAGGAAAAAGGUGAAGACUCCAAAUCAGAGCAGCUUGAUGAAGGUUUAGAGACUGAGAUUAAACACAAGAUGUCAGAGGAGGAUAAAGAAAAUGCUCAGCUGGGUGAUGGUGAGAAGGAUCAGGUUCUUGUUGUUGACAAAGAAAGAGAACCUGCGGCAAUUUUAAACCCUGAGAAACAGCUUCCUACUGUGAAGGUAAAUACCCCCGAAGAGUCAGAAGGUCCCAGUGUUCGGGAGGAUGCAAUGUUGCUGCAUGUUGAUGAUAUUCUUUUUGACGCUUUGGAACCAGCUGCUGAGAUGAUUCAUUGCCUUGUGCACGACACAGUGGAGGCCCAUGAGGAGCACCUCCCAAGUCAAACAGUACUGCAAGCUGAUGAAAACCAGGAAAGGGGUGAAGACUCCAAAUCCGAGCAGCUUGAUACAGGUUUAGAGGCUGAGAUUAAACACAAGAUGUCAGAGGAAGAUAAAGAAAAUGCUCAGCGGGGUGAUGGUGAGACGGAUCAGCUUCUUGUCAUUGACAAAGAAAGAGAACCUGCAGCAAUCUUAAACCCUGAGAACCAGCUUCCUACUGUGAAGGUAGAUGCCCCUGAAGAGUCAGAAGGUCCCAGUGUUCGGGAGGAUGCAAUGUUGCUGCAUGUUGAUGAUAUUCUUUUUGACGCUUUGGAACCAGCUGCUGAGAUGAUUCAUUGCCUUGUGCACGACACACUGGAGGCCCAUCAGGAGUACCUCCCAAGUCAAACAGUACCGGAAGCUGAUGAAAACCAGGAACGGGGUGAAGACUCCAAAUCAGAGCAGCUUGAUGCAGGACUGGAGAUCAAAGCGCAGAUGUCUGAGAAAGAGGAACAUAAAGAACACGCUUGGCAGGUGGGUGCAGAUGAGGAUCAGGUUAUUGACGAUGAAGCCAGAAGAGAACCUAGAACAAUUGUAAACUCUGUUCGCCAGGAUAUUCACCUUCUUUUGGUGGCAGAUUCUCCUGAAGAACCACAAGGUCCCAAUCCACUGUGGACUGGGCAUCAAGAUGCACAGUUGCUGCAUAUUGAUGUUCGUGUUGUUGAAAAUGUCAAAGCAAGUGCUGAGAAUAUCCAUAGAUGUGCCCAGGAUACAUUAGAGGCCCGUGAGGAGUUUCAGGGAAAAGAUAGAGUCUCCAAGUCAGAGCAGCUUGGUGAUUUAAAAAACAGAAUUGAAGGUGAGAUGUCUGAAAAGCAGAAAAAAACUCAGCUGGUGGACGGAGGGGAGCAUCGGUUUCUUCUAGCUGAAGCAGGAGCAGAAUCUAUGUCAAUUGUAAACCCUGAGCACCAAGAGAACAAGCUUCCUUUGAUAGUAGAUUCUCCUGAAGAGCCACAAGAUCCUGAUCGACUAGGGACUGAACUGCAGGAUGCAGAGUUGCUGCACAAUGAUGAUAGUUGUUAUCUGGAAGAUGCGGAAACAGCUGCUGAGAACAUCCAUAGAUUUAUGCAGGACACACUGGAGGCCAAUGAGUUUGAUCAAAGUCAAACAACACAGGCAUCUGAUGAAAAACAGAAAAAAUGGAAAGAGUCUAAAUCAGAGCAGCAUGUUGAAGGACUGAAGGAACCUGAGGAAGAUGAAGAACAGCAUCAAUGGGGUGAUGAUGAAGAGCAUCAGGUUCUAGCCGAUGAAGCAGGAAGUGAAUUUACAACAAAGGUAAACCUUGAACAACGGGAGAAUCAACUUCCUUCUGUGAGGGUGGAUUCUUCUCAAGGACUACAGGAUAGAGCACUGCUCCAGAUCGAUCUUCCUGUUCUUGAAUAUGCCGAACAAACUCCUGAGAACAUCCAUAGCUUUUUGCAGCACCCACUAGAGGACCAUGAGGAGCUUUUCCAAAGUCACACAACGCAGCCAUGUGAUGAAAACUAUGAAAAAGACAAAAUCUCCAAAUCAGAGCAGCUUGAUGGAAGCUUGGAGGUCGGAAAUGAAGAAGGUAUCUCUGAAAAACAGAAAGAACAAGCUCAGAAGGUUGAUGGAGUGAGUGAUCAUGUUCUUGGGGAUGAAGCAAUAAAUGAACCUACAACAAUUGUAAACAAUGAGCAGCAAGAGACAAAGCUUCCUUCGGUGGUGGUUGAGUCCCAUGAGGAAUCACAAGAUCCCUGUCCACAGGGGACUGAACUACCAGACAGAGUGCUGUUGCACAUUGACGAUCUUCCUGAUUUUGAAGAUGUGGAACCAACUGCUGAGAGCAUCCAAAGCCUUGUGCGGGACACACUGGAGGCGCAUGAUGAGUGUCUCCAAAGUGAAACAACACAGAAAUCCAAAGAAAACCAGGAAAAAGAUGAAGACUCCAAAUCAGAGCAGCUUGAUGAAGGAUCGGAGGUCAGAAUUGAAGAGGACAUGGCUGAAGAACAGGAGGAUUCAGCUCAGCAGAGUGAUGAAGAAAACAGUCUUGUUCUUGGUGAUGAAGCAACAAUAGAACCUUCAACAAUUGUAAACCAUGAAGAUCAUGAGAACCAGCUUCCUUCCAUGAAGGUAGAUCCUCCUGAAGCAUCACUCAGGACCCCAAUGGAGCAUGCAGUGUCACUCUACAUUGAUGAUUGUCCCAAGACUGAGAAGCUGGAACCACAUGCUGACAGCUGUCCCAGCCUUGUGCAGGACGCACUGGAGGCCCAUGAGGUGGUUCUACAAAGUCAAACAUCACUGCAAUCUGAUGAAAAAAUAAAAAAAUGCAUGGACUCCAAAUCAGAGCAGCUUGAUAAAGAACUGGAGGCAAAGAUUGAAGAAAAAAUGUCUUUUGAAGAUGAACAGACUCAGUUGGUGGAUAGAGAGGGGGAUCGGGUUCUUGUUGAUGAAUUCGGAAGAGAACUUGAGCACCCUGAGCACCAGAAUAAUCUGCUUCCUUUGGUCUGGGUCGAAUCUUCUGAGGGAUGGCAGGAUGCAGAACCACUGUGCAUUGAUGAUAUUCCUCUUGAGGAUGUUGAACCACCUGGGAAAAACAUUCAAAGUUUUGUGAAGGACACACUGGUGGAGGCCUGUGAAGAGUUCCUCCAAAGUCAGACCACACUGCAAUCUGAUGAAAACCAAGAGAACAAUGAAGACUUUGAAGCAGGUCACCAUGAUAAAGGUAUGGAGGACGAAACAGAAGAGAUCCCUGAAGAACAGGGAGAACAAGCCCAGCAGGCUGAUGGAGAGGUGCAUCGGGGUCUUGCCGAUGACGCAGGAAGAGAACCUACAACAAUUGUAAAUCUUUCACACUGGGAAAACCAGCGUCUUUCAGAGAUGGUAGGUUUUCUUGAAGAACCACAAGGUCCCGGUACACUGGGGACUGAACUGGAGGAUACAGCGUCGCUUUGCAUGGAUGACAUUCUUCUUGAAGAUGUUGAAUCACCAGCUGAGAACACCCAUAGCCUUCCCCAGUCCACACUGGAGGUCGAUGAAGAGGUUAUCCCAACUCAACCCAUACCGCGUGCCAAUAAAAACCAGGAGGAAGAAGAUUCCAGAUCAGAGAACCCUGAUGAAGGGUUAGAGGUUGAGAUGAAACAUAAGAUGUCUGUGGAAGGGGAAGACAAGGCCCCUCGUGUGGGUAGAGAGGAUGUCAGGCUUCUUGACAAGGAAGCAGAAAGAGAAUCUACAACCACUGAAAACCCCGAGCACCAGGAGAACAAGCUUCCAUCGGUGAUGGUAGAGCCUGAGGAACCACCUCGUCCAGGUCUAGAGGGGAUUGGACUGGCAGAUAUAGAGUGGCUGCACAUUGACGAAUGUCCUGAUCUUGAGGUUGUGCAAAUGUCCUCCCCUCAGCAGGUGUUCAAAGCGAAAACAAAAGCCCUAUCCGGACUUGGUGGUGAAGAUGGAUCUAUUUGGAGUGACGUCCUCCCUUUUGGGUCAGAUAAUAAGUCGUUGCUUUUAAUGAGCAGCUGCUCCAAGUUACCAGAACCUCUUCACGACUUAUCACUGCUGUACCCUGAAGAUGAUGUGGAGCCUCUGGCUUUGGAACUACAGGAAAAGCCCGACAUCAUCCAAUUGUUUUCUCCUUGAUGAUGUCAUCAGAUUUCGUGACCGCACUUUGGACUUUUCCUUGUAUUUAUGUAUGCACUUUAAUUUGAUCAAAGAAGAGAAGUUCAUACGCGACAGUACAGAAUAAACCAAAGUAAACACACCAGAGUCAAUCACCCAAUGCCUAACCUAAGCUUUUCACAAUGAAAACUGAGUAAGUGAAACAAUUGCGAUUAAAAACA